GGUCAUUGUGCCAAAGAGUCGUCUAUCAACGACAAGAACAACUGGAAAACUGUUUCCAGUGCCUUUUCUGUCAUCGAUUUUACUGAAGAUGACCUCGAGAAUCUCUUCGGGAUUAUCGCCAGCGUCCUGCACCUGGGGAACAUUGGUUUUGAAGAGAACCACCAAGGCUCUGCCACCAUACCAGACACCCAUGAGAUCAAAUGGAUCGCCAAGCUCUUGGGGGUGCACCCGUCCAUCCUUCUGGAAGCUCUCACUCACAGAAAGAUUGAAGCCAAAACUGAGGAGGUAAUAUGCCCAUUGACACUAGAACUCUCUGUCUACGCUAGAGAUGCAAUGGCCAAGGCCGUUUACGGGCGAACAUUUACAUGGCUGGUCAACAAAAUCAAUUCCUCCUUAGUGAACAAGGAUUUCACCAAGAAAACUGUGAUCGGAUUGCUGGAUAUCUAUGGGUUUGAGGUCUUGGACAAGAAUGGCUACCUGAUAGAAAAGUCUCGAGUCGUCUAUCAAAACCAGGGCGAGAGGAACUUCCACAUUUUCUACCAGCUGCUGGAGGGUGGUGAAGAGGAGCUCCUUGCUUACUUGGGACUUGAGCGGGACCCCCAGCUGUAUAAAUACCUCUCACAG